AUCACACACCGACCCCUUAAUCACCGGCUCUAACCGGUCCUGGGCUUCAAAGAUGGUCGUGUCCUCCUAAUUUAAUGCUCAUAGUUGCUUCAUGAAAACCCCGAAAAACGCUCCAAAUAUGCAAUUUCCUACAAAACUCAAGCAAAACUACAAAGCCACUAGAAAACACCAAUUAGUAAUAAAAGUAGCUCUAAAUAGCCAAAAACACCACUAAUUAUGACCAAGGGACGGGGGUAAAACACUAUAUAAAUUGGACAUAUCAGGGGUAGGGGGAGUGGCAGCACCGUACUGGGGGGAAAUGGGUUCUGGUCGCAGCGGCGGUUAAGGGAGGGGGGUCGAAGUAACUGGGCAGUGGGAGGAGGUGGCUGCUGGAAAGUUACGUUGGUGGUGGAUGUGGUUUUUUUUUUUUUUUGUAAAUUAAUUAAAUAUUUUCAACUAAUCAUGUGAUGACAUGUGUAUCGUAAACAAAAUAAAAAAAAAUAUAUAAAAAAAAAAAAAAAACCCUCUUUAACAAGGUUACUGGUUACAUGGGACUAUUUUGAGCGGAUAACCCCUAAAGUUCAUAUUAUUUAAAAUUAAACCAAAGUCAAGAUUAUUUUGAACGAACCGGCGAAAGUUGUGAUUAUUUUUAACAAUUUUACUAAAAAAAUAAUAAUGAUAUUUAAGAUAGAUAUACAUACCAGUAUUUGUAUUUUGAAAAUCAUAUCAAAUCAGAAUAAAAUUUUCAAAAUCCGAUUUUAAUUCAUUGAACCCGACCACAAUUGAACAUCAAAUUGACAUCCUUUUAUUCUACGAAUAAAAUAAUCAUUAUUUUAGAUUUAAGCUCAAAAUAAUAGUUAUCCUAAAACCAACAAGGCAAUAAAAAUUGUUUAAAUAAUUAUUAUACUAUCUUAUUGUCUAACAAAAUACGUACGUGUCUAGUCAAUUCAAAUUUGUGUUUCUGCCUUAGACUUGAUAGUUGAUACCCUAUUUUUUCUGCAAUACUACUACUAUAGUUUUCAUUACACUUGAAUACUUGAUCAUUAUUAUAAUGCUUGUAUGACUAAUUAAACUCUACAUAAAUCCCACUUGGUACAUUUUCCACGGACUACACGCUGUCGUUCCACAUCAAUUCAAUACAUACACCAUCUCCAAAUUAUUGGGAUUGACUUAUUCUCUGAUUCGCUAUACUUCGAGUAUUCUCAAAUAUAUGCUACUGAAUAUAAAUACCCGCAAAAAUCAGAUUGAUCAUUCAUUCAGAAACAAAAACACACAAACGUAUAAAAAGUAAUUCUAAAAAUAUCAAAUUUCAGUCUCAGCUAAUUGCUUUAUUUCUUUAGGUACAUAUGAUGAUCCCAACAAGUAUCCACGACGCUAUGUUUUUUCUUAUGAAUACAUUAGUUGAAGAAGGUCAGUUAAAUAGUGCAAAUGGAGCACUUACUAAGCCUUAUGUUUACCAUCAUUCGUGAAAUUGUUCUUUGGUUUGUAGAUAAUCGUUUCUACAUUCAUUUGCUGUUUAACUUUUUACUUGUUAUUGUUAUUCUACUCAAUAAAAGGAACAGCGGCCGUAACUCGGAUGACAACCACGGCAAUACGCCGUUGGUUUCCGAGAAUGUUUGUGGUGCUAGUACUGACGAUGAUAGUGAUAAUGAGCGUGAACACUUAAUUAUUGAUAUCGAAUCGUACGAUGAAGAUAGUGAUGAAGAUUAUUGUUGUCGUUCUGAUGAUGAUGAUGAUGUGGAUAGUGAUAAUGGAUCCGAUGGUUACGACGAGGAUGAUGACAAUGAUGGCUUGAGGCGAAGAUCCGAUAAGUUUAUUGCAAAGAUGCAUAAUGGAUGGAGGGAAGAAGGGAUUAGGGACAAAAUGAUGAACUGCUAAUAAAAUUGGGUUCUGCACAUGUAAUUAACAUUCCUGCUGGUAGUUACUACUUUUUUAAUAUUUGCUGGCUAUGUUAGUAUGUAGCUAGCUAUCAGAUCUAUUUAUAUGUCAUUUGGAAUUUAAUUAAGUAUUGUAUGAAGUACAUUAUAUUGUACAUUUAAGAGACAUUUCUAGUAAUAUUUUGCGAAUUUUGAAUUUUUAUUAUGUUCUUCAAGUAUUUAAAUCACCCCUAAAAUCUAAAAUAAGUAAUUCUAUGCUUAAAAAUAAUGUCACGCAACAAGACAUUCAUAGUACGUAGUAUUUUUUGCCACUUUUUAGCCUCCAAAUAAAUCGAAAAAUUCUAUAAAUCCUUUCUCAUAAAAGUUGGUCUCUAAAAAGGUCCUUCUGACAAGGUUACCGGCCCAAUGAUGCCUUAACUUUGAAUUAAACAUAUAAGCCUAGUGUCCUCAAAAAAAAAACAAAAAAAAAUAUAUAAGCCUAGUCGGAAGAAUGUACAGCCCUUGGAAUAAUUUGUGCCUUUACAUACCUAUUGGCAUUGUGCAGAUUAGGGAAUACACUUGGCUUUGGAUAAUGUCUGUGUAUUCUUUGGCUUGAUUUUGUCCAAGGAUAGAGUUUAUGACUCAUCGAUGGUUUGAGGGGGCUAGGGGAGUGGAUGCAUCAAUGACCCGAAGAGGCAUAGACCUAGUGUGAACUAAUGAUGCAUGCUAACAUAGGCUUUGAUCAUGAUAGACAAUAGUACCAUUGGUAGAUGAGGCCUCUAAUGAUGGCUUAGCAGGCUAACAACAAUCGUGAGA